AUGGCCACUGAGCCUGCUCAGGCUGCUCAGUCUGCUCAACCUGAUCAACCUGUUCAACCUGUUCAACCUGCUCAACCUGCUCAACCUGCUCAACCCACAAUCCCACAGGCCUACAUAGACGCUGCCAAAGAUGCGUUUGCCAAAGACAAGCCCCUCACAGAUGAUCUCCGGCCGGGCACGUUUUUCGAUGAUCCCAAUUACCUAGACAGCCUGCCGCAUAAAGCAAAGGCCCUGAUAUGCGCGGUCCAACAUGCUGGAGACCACCCUGACAGGCCCGGCCUGUGCCACAUUCAAUCCGACCUGGCUCUCACCCAAUACAUCGCCACGCAGGACGACGAGCAACUAUCCAUGGCCUUUGCUUUGGAGGCCAUGUCUCUGCGCUACGUGCCUGCCGCACACCCCGGCCGAGGCAAGUCCAACAACCACAUGGGUCGGUUGUAUCAGCGGAAGUGGGAGAAGACCAAAGACAUCGCUGAUCUGAAUGAGGCGAUCAGGCAUUACAAAGUAGCGGCAGACACUGGGAAGGAGACAGAUGCUAUUCUGAGCGAAUGGGCCUGCGAUGUUGCCGUUGUAUGUCUGAACCGGUAUUCAGAGACAAACCAGGCCAGCGACAAGGAGCAAGCCUGUCGGUAUUUUGAUAGAGCGAUCGGGCUGGCUGGAGAGUCGGCAACGCGUGCCAGACACCUCUCGAACAAGGGGGAGUUUCUAUACCGCACGGCGUCCGGCAGCGAUGAGGAAAGAGUUGUGCAGCUCACGGGGUCGAUAUCGUGCCACGACCAGGCAAUUGAUUUUUGCGACGCACACCCAGGGCUUUCGUCCAAACCGUAUGCCCCAUACGGGAUGAUUCAUCGCAACGCUGCGCGGGCGUAUCUCGAACGGUUCACCAUACAGAAGACCGCGGAAGACUUCAACAAGUCAAUCGCCCUCUUUGAAAAAGCUCUCACGUACGAGAAUCCAGGAACCCACGAAUGGGAGCUUUUUACGAACGAGCUCGCCAAUGCACACGAGAAGGGUGCGCAGAUCUUUGGCGACGCAGCGGAGGAGGAAAAGGCGCGCGAAGUAUGGCGUAAAGCGAUGGAAUGCGCCCCUGCUUCAAUCACCGUCAGGACCAAGUUUGCUGAAUUCUGUCGCAACAAGGCAGAUCGGUGUUCAGACCGCAUCGUUGCCCAGGAUCUACUCACACAGGCUGUGACUCUAGCUGAAGACGCCGUCAAGGCGCUACCACCUGGACAUACAUCGCCAGGACCAGCUCAUGCCUGUUGCGCCUCCAUGCACUACAGCAUGUACGAGUUCACCGGCGAGCUGUCCGACCUCAACCGAGCCGCAGAAUCCGCACAGCAAGCCACACAGGACCAGGCCAACGAGAACCUAUGGGACUACUAUCGCCUCCUCGCCCAGAUUCUGGUUGUGAGAUUCGAGCGUCUCAGGCAACCACAAGACAUGGUUGCGUGUAUCUCUGCUGCCAUGAGUUCUUUCUCCAAAUGCCGGCCCACCGACCAUGAGAGCCAGAGCCACUGUCUAUGGGUCGUGGGCAAAGCGACUCGGGCAAUGUACGACACCACACAACUGCCAGAGAUACUAAGAAAGGUGGCGGUCGCGUUUUCGCAAGCGAGUCAGCUCAUGAAAAAGGAUCUUUCCUCUCGAGCCUUGGUGCUGAAUGACCUGGGGAAUGCGUAUUCUCGACUGUUCAGCCAUGAGGCUGUGCCAGAGCAUCUCGAGAAAGCCAUCGAGACGUACAAGGAAGCGUUGCAGGUGCUGCAGCAGGUUCACAAGGGCUACGAACAUGCUGAUAUCCUGAUGCUGAAUGCAGCACUUGGGUACGUGAUGAUCCAAAGAUUCAUCCACUGGAGGUCCGAUGCCGACAUCGAAUCGGCCAUCAAAUACUAUCGGCGAAGCCUGCUGCAUAUGGACGAACACCAUCCGCGAUAUGCUAUACGGGUUGGUAAUCUCAGCUACGCCCUGCAGCUUCGUUUCGAUAUCAAUCGACAGCUCGAAGACCUUAAGGAAACACAGAGGAUGCUCAUCACAGCACUUGAAGGACCGGUCUCACUCAGCGACGACCUGAAAACUGGACUCGCCACCCAUGUUGGCAACGCCUAUCUGACUUCGUUCAAGGCUACUGAGCAACUGUCGGACCUGGAAAACGCGAUCGACUACUAUAACAAGGCUAUAGCGGUCGGCGGCGCGGCCUCAUCGGCAUCUCGUGGAAUGGCCAUGACCAACAAGGCUAUCGCUCUCAAGAAGAUCGCACAGGCCACCGGAAAUCUGGUAGACUUUGAAUCAAGUGCACGAGCAUUCGACGAAGCUCAGCAAGUCCUGAGUAGAGACGACCCGCAUUACUGGGAUUGCAUCUCGACCCAAGCCGAGCUGUUCUACACUAUGUACGAGCGCAACUUGGGCCCUGAUGCCAAAAGCCAUGGUCUCAAAGCCCUUGAUACAUACACACAGACUGUGCAGGUAAAGGCGCUGUCGCCGGCCAUUCGCAUCACCGUCGCGUCCCUCAUCGCCAAACUUUACAACGACAUGCUCCAAGACCCCGCUAAAGCCCGCGACUACAUUCUUAUGAGCCUCGAGCUUCUCCCGGAAGCUAUCCUCAUGCACACCAACAGGUUGGAGCAGUUGAAGUUCGUGCGGGAAUACCAGUAUGUCCCCAGCAGCGUCGCUGCUUUGUCACUCGGUGCAGGAGAUCCUCCAAACAUCGUGAUAGAUCGGCUGGAAGCCGGACGGGCUUUCAUCUGGGACCGCAUUGAAGGACGGCCUACCCAGCUUGACGAGCUUGAGGCCGCAAACCCUGAACUUGCUGGAAGGUUCCGCACUCUGCAACAGCGACUAAGCCAACAAGGCUCGUCUGCUCGGCAACUUGGGGGAGUCGACUUGACGUCCAUUUCUCCGGAUGAUGCGAAUCGGCUGCAGCGGCAGCGCGACUCGGACGCGUAUCGCCAGGUCCUCGAACAGAUCAGGGCUUUGCCGCAGUUCGGAUCGUUUCUCAAGACCCCAGACACUACCCCGGACCUUCAGACGUACGCUGCGGAGGCUCCUAUUGUUUUUAUCAAUUGCAGCGCAUACCGAAGUGACGCAUUGGUGAUAGCCAAAGACGGUGUUUACCAUCUGCCGCUUCCUUCCUUUGACAUGGAGGAGGUCAAGGUGUACACUGCGCGAUUAAUGAUGGCACAGCAUGAUUUUUCCAAGGGAGAAGAGCAAGCGAAAUGUCUCUCCGAGUAUCAGGCGGUCAUGAAGUGGCUUUGGUACGCUGCCGCAAAGCCGGUCAUGGACAGCAUCGAUUGGAGCAAAUAUGAGCGUGGGCCAUUUGGAAAGCCACGAGUCAUCUGGGUCUCGACCGGAUGGAUCAGCGUUCUACCUAUUCAUGCUGCUGGAGACUUCGAGACUCCCUCUGACGGCAGCGAGCCAAUGUCGGUGCAUGACAUGGCCGUGUCCUCGUACACGAAUUCUCUGAAGGCGCUGGACUUUACCCGACAGAGCGCUCGUCGAUUGGGAACACAGCCAAAUUCCAACUUGGAGGCACUCAUUGCGGCCAUGGCGACAACUCCAGGUUUAGGUCCGGACGGGGAUUUGGACGUCGAGCCAGAAAUUCGUGCGAUCGACGAGGCUCUCACGCCUUCGUUCCACAUCAAACGGUUGGACCAACCCAACGCCGCCUCUGUCAUACAGCAGCUGUCGAGUUCAACAAUAGCUCACUUCGCCUGCCAUGCUCGCGCUAAUCGCAAAGACCCUUCCCAGAGCGUCAUCAUGCUCCAGGAAACACCUACCAAGCCAUCCCCGCUGUCGGUGCGAGCGCUUCUCAAACUCAGUCUACAGAACUGCAAUCUCGUCUACUUGUCGGCCUGCGAAUCCGGAGCAAGCAAAGAUCUGGGACUCCGUGACGAGGGCAUCCACAUUGCCGGUGGGUUCCAUAUCGCCGGAGUACCGCAUGUUAUAUCGACACUGUGGAAGGUGUCCGAUUCCGUUUCCGCCGAACUUGCCGGGCUGUUCUACGCAAAGCUGAAGGAGCCUGGUCGGGAUGUAAACUUUGCUCUGGCACCCUUUGCACUCCAUGAGGCGAUCGGGGAGAUGAGACGUCGCGGGGUGCAUCCCAUGCUUUGGGGUCCAUUCGUUCAUUCAGGACCAUGA